AUGGACACGCGAAUAUUAGAGUUGAACACGCAUGGCCCUGACAAUCUGUUCAGAUAUACCUCCGGACGGUGGUUGAUCGAUGAGAAGCGUCAGCUCGAACAGCGCUUUGUGAAAUUUAGCAUCGACGAGCUUUGCUCCCGUGCCGCUGCUGUCUUUGGACCCAAAACGAAAUGUGUGCGAGUUGUCAAGGUCGAGGGAAAUUCCAACAAGGCCUUCCUCCUCACGAUGGACGAUGGGAACGAAGUUAUAGCGAAGAUCCCUUGUCCAAACGCUGGAGCUCCAUUAUUGACAACAUCCUCCGAGGUAGCGACGUUGAAGUUUUUGCGAUCCCAUAUAUCCAUUCGAGUACCAGAAGUAUAUGCUUGGAGCUCAGACUCGUCAAACCCAGUGGGAGCGGAAUAUAUCAUUAUGGAAAAGAUCCGUGGAGUUGCUCUUGCAGAGAAAUGGGAGUCAAUGAACUCCUUGCAACGCUACAAGAUAAUUGACAGAAUUGUGGAAAUGGAGACAGAAUUUAGGAGCUUGAGAUUACCGGCAUACGGCAGUCUUUUCCUGCGAGAUUCGCUACCAUCCGAAUACCAUUAUUAUCCACUUCCCUCGGAUUUGGACCCGGAUGGAUUGUUCUGCAUUGGCCCAUCGAGCAGUCGACCGUUGUGUCAUAAUAAACCCACCGAAGUAUCCAAAUUAAGUAUUGGACCAUGGGAUACGAUUUCGGACUAUGCGCUAUCCAUACCACACAAAGAACUAGCCCUAAUUGCAGCGGAUAGAGGCAAAGUCCAAGCUCGUCUUAACCGCUUCGAUGAUCACCAAUCUGUCAACGAGUAUUCUGACCUUUUACAAAUGGCGAUGCAGGUUCUUCCCUACCUGUCGAAGGAUCCACAGGUACUCAAAUGGUCCGAUUCGGUCAUUUGGCAUAAUGACCUUCAUUUCGGGAAUAUUUAUGUCUCCCCUGACGAUCCAACCAUGGUUGAAGGCGUGAUUGAUUGGCAGUCAAUUGAAGCGUGCCCGCUAUUUGUACAGGUGCAGUUUCCCGAGUUCCUUCGGCCGCCAAAAAGCUACCGUCCAGGAACGGAGAUCCCCGAAUUACCAAAAAAUUUCGACGACUUAGAUCCCGAUGAAAAAAAGAGAGCUGAGGAAGAGCAAGCUCUAGCGACUCAAUCGAAGUACUAUGAGAUGUAUUGUCUUGGGUAUAACACACCUGUCUAUAACGCAAUGAAGCUGGAUCGACGACUAUGGGAACCUUUUGUUUGUUGCGAGCUUCCCUCAACAGGCUUCUUGGUUCCACUACGGAACUCUCUCAUACAGGUUUUCCGUGACUGGAAUCUCCUUGGAUUGCCAGGCAGCUGUCCGUUUGAGUUCACUGAAGACGACUUGAAAAGGCACAACGAACAAGUCCAACGAUACGAGGACAACCGGUAUCUGAUGGAUAUUAUCAAAGGCCAACUGCGUACCGACGACAACGGCUGGGUCCCAAUCGAGAGGUGGGAGGCAGCAAACAAGAUGAACGAAUAUCUUUUCGAUACGUACAUGAAGACCGUGAGCGAGGAGAUGUCACCGGAGAAAGCGGAGAGGGCUUGGCCCUUUCCUACUAAAGCUGUCUGA